UUCCAUGCUACCAUAAAAAAAUCACAUACCUGGAUGUAUAAGUCAGAAUAUUAGAUAAAAUAAUUAAGGACUAAUUAUUAUUAAGUGAGAGCGUUCAGCUCUGGAAUAGAUGGCCUCAAAGUCGGGGUUAGCCGGUGCGGUGGGGAUAAAUUUGGGUGGGUUCAUUUGACUCAAACCAGUAGGAGCUAGUGAGGCAAUGAACAGGUGUCAAGCUCAGGAAGGAUCUUCACAUCUUUCACCGCCAUAGGACAGAAGUUGGAUAUUUAUGUUGUGGCCAUGGGCCAUGGCAGAGCAGUUAGGCAGAAGGAAGAAGAGGAAAUGAGUUCGAGGGGUGACGGAGGAGGAUGGUCCAUAAGCGCACCACCAGCGCAGGUGAUAGCCGUUGCAGGCAUCGUGGGGUUCUGGCUGUGGUUCCCAUGGCACCCAAGCAGCAACAAGGCGAGCAGCAGCAGCAUAUACAUGAAGAUUCUGCUGCCGCUUCUGCUGAUGUGGAUGGCUUACUCUGUGUUAAGAUAUGGACGCCUUUGCCUUGUGGCUGAGGCACCCAAGCUGAGUGCCGGUCGUGGUGGCGGCCACUCGCCUUGGGGCGUUGCUUUCUUGCUUCUCUUGCUUCUGCUUUUGAUAUCAUACCACCCCAAUUGGUAACUUUUCACAUCUCUUGUUCCUUCCCUUCACAACACUUACUGGAAUAGCGGGUUUUGCAGCUUUUUCUCUUUACUCCUUUUGUUUGCUACUGUUAUGCUUACUUCAUGUACAAAGGCUACGUUUAAAUGUGGUAAGUUAUUUCCUUUUGCUC